AUGAACGCCGAAGAACUACGCAAUCAAUUGGAGGAGUUACGCCAAGAAAACGCUCGCCUUGCAGCACUACAGGCACAGCAAUAUCCAACAGCUUCAGUGAAUCGCGUUGCCGUCAAGUUGCCACCUUUCUGGUCCGAAAGACCGAGCUUAUGGUUCUCACAGGUUGACUCGCAGUUUGCAAUCUCGGGAAUAACAAGUGAGGAAACAAAAUUUAAUUAUGUUGUGGCUCAGCUUGAUACGCGUUACGCCGCCGAAGUAGAGGAUAUUAUUACUAACCCACCGCCUACUGAACGCUACAAACAUCUACGCGCAAAACUCGUUGAACGGUUGUCUAUCUCAGAAGAACAACGUGUGCGGCAACUCAUCAAUGAAGAAGAACUAGGUGACCACAAUAUUUUACGUCAACUUUGGCUCCGCCGUCUACCAUCACAUGCACAAGCUAUUUUAACCGCACAAUCAGAGCUUCCUCUGGAUAAGGUAGCCGAGCUGGCUGACAAAAUUGUUGAAGUGCAGCCAGCCCCCUCGCAAUUCGUCCAUGCUGUUGCCACGACGAACAAUAAAAAGGAACUCGAUGUUUUAGCCGCCAUUGAAGCACUCGCAAAACAGGUAAGCGAAUUAUGUGCUAAACGCCCGCAACGUUCCCGCUCUAGGUCACGUAACCGUUCAAACGUGGAACUGACUAACGGCAAAGGAUGGUGUUGGUAUCAUAGCACUUAUGGAGAAAAGGCUGCCAAAUGUAAGGCUCCCUGCAAGUAUCAGGAAAACUCCAACGACAGUCAGUAG